AUGGCCCGUGGGAUAGGGGUCUGGGCGAGGGUCGGAGGGAAGGUGGCAGACACCGUCCUCGCACCAGAUGGCCAUAACGUUGGGGCACUUCUCCUUGGGGAUAGGCUCGGCAGUGUAGUUGCUGAGGGCAGUAACACUGGCGGCGAAGUGGGGAAGGAGCCAAGAGGGAAUCUUCUUGUUGUCGUCGUCUCCCUCACCGAGGAGGCCGAUGGAGGCGAACCAGGAGUGAAGGCUCUUGGGGAGAGGCUCGAUGGUGAUGGGGCAGGGGGCGUCAAUGAUGAUGAGGUUCUCGACGCUCUCGCCGGCCUUGGUGAGCUGGUUGACAAUCUCAUAGGCGAUGACACCGCCCGCGGACCAACCAGCCAAGGAGUAGGGACCUUUGGGCUGUCUCGCCUUCAUAGCCUCAAUGAACUUGGAAGCCAUACCGUAGACACCGCACUUGUACUCCUCAGGGGUCUUCAUGAAGGGGGAGAAGAGACCCCAGACCGCCCACUGGCUGGAGACCUGGCUGAUCUCGGUGUAGGAGGUUGCGCAGCCACUGCCGUCGGGUACCAUCCACAGGUUCUUGGUGGCGGUGCGGGUGCUUCCCUGGAGAAGGAUCGAGGUGGCCUUGCGGUGAGGGUAAUUGUCAAUGAUCUCUCUGGGCGCGGGCUUGGGCUUUGGGCCAAUACCGAGGGCCUUCUCAACCUCCAACAAAGAGGGGUUGGUGACGAAGAGGUCGCUGGGAAUGUCCAUGCCCGACUUCUCGCGGAGGGUGCCGAGAAUAGAGAGACUCAUGAGAGAGUCCAUGCCCAAAGCAGCCAGAUCUGGAGCCGCAACAAUCUCAUCAACCUCAACGCCCAUCUCCGUAGCGAUAGUGUCACGAAGAAUGUUCUGGAGGUCACCGCAUUCGGUGUCGUCGCCGUCACCCUUGACGGAACGGUCACUCUCCUCGUAAGGGGUAGUGACGUUGGAGUCAGACUCCAGCUCGGGUGUCUCGGAAACGGAACCGCUGGAAUCACCAGAGUCCUGGACGUAGCUGUCCUUGCGAUCAGAGGUCUCGAACUGAGCAAGGAAAGCCUUGAAUGCACCGAUGGUCGGGUACUCGACAAAGGCAUGAGAGUCGAUGUCGAUGUCAAGCUCCUCACGCAUUCUGCCAGAGACGGUCAGAGCCAUCAGGGAGUCACAGCCCAAAUCAGUGAAGGCGAUGUUGUCAGCAAGUUCAUCUUGGGUGACACCAACUUCUUUGGCCAGGAUGUCGAAAACGUCUUGGACAACGGAGCGCUUGGCGAGCUUGGCGUUGACAGCCUUGAGGUUGCUGGCGGUGACUUGCUUGGUAGCCUUCUCCUUGCCACUCUUCUCCUUGGCCGGGGCAGCCUUGGCGGGGGCAGCAGCCUUGGGGGCAGCGGCGGCAGGAGCAGAGCCGGCAGCGGCACGUCCACGAGGAGGCAAGACCAUGUUGAGGACCUUGCGAGGGAUGGACUGGAACUUGACGUCGCCAGCAACACCGAUGAUGCGGUCACCAUCAAAGACGUAAGCAUCACCAGCCAUCAUCUUGGUACCCUUGACAGGCUGCAUACGAACGUAGGAGCGGUAAGUCUUGGAGGCAUCGAGCUUCUCGGUGAAUCUCAUGGAGCCCCAUCCGUGGGAGAUGAAGACUUGCUCGCGCGAGUCGAUGGCAUCGGUACCGUUGAUGACGAAACCAGAGAGAUGGCAACAGCUGUCAAUCCAGUACGGGUUGCAGAAAAAGCUGCCAUCCUUCUCCGUGGUCUGGAAACUGAUCUUGGCGGUAGCCUCGCAGGUCUUGCUGUCCAAGAUGACCUCCUCCAUACCCUGGUACUUCUUGUCAUAGUCGACCAAAGCAGUGAAGAGCUUGUAGGUCAGUCCGCGACCAAUCUUGGACGCCUUGCCCUGUCUCUCAGCCUCCUCGAGGGCGUCAAUACGGCCCUUGAUGAGGUAGCUAACACGCUCGAACUCGUCAGCCCACUGCUCAGUGCUGCCGUAGACGACCUUGCAGUGAGCGUGCUCGGUCUUCUUAGAGCCCUCGCCAGUGUGGAAGCUGACGUCGGCAUAGCCCAGAGCGACGUUGGCAGUGACGGUGGUGCGGAGGACAUGGGCAUCAAGCUUCUCGUCAAAGAUGAGAGUCUUGGGCACCUCGACGUUGGCAACGUUCAGGCCGACGGGCUCGGCGUCAGGGCGGAGCAUCUUGUACGCGUAGUCGGCAACAGUCAUAGCCAUAUCGGCGUAGAGGGUGGAAGGGCAGAGAGGAGCGCCGUUGCACAAGUGGCCCUCGACGAGAGGGCGGGUGUCGGGGCGCGAGAGGUUGGUCUCGGUCUCGACGAGGGCAAUGUCACCAUUGACAUCCUCGUUAGUGACUGCGUGGAUGGAGGUGGUGGACAGCUUAGGCCUGGCAGGCUCGAUCUGGAGAGGAGCCUUGACCGCGGAAGGACCACGGUUCUUGGUAAGGCACCAAUCGCCGGUGUACUGGAGCCAGUAGUUCUUCUCGUCGAAGGAGUAGGUCGGGAGGUCAAGGAGACGAGUGCACUCGCUGAAGUCGCGGUGGAACUCAUCCCAGUCCAGGUUGAUACCAGCAGUGUGAAGAGCACACAGAGUGUUGCUGAGAACCUUGUAAGUAGGCUCGUUGCGACGCAGAGUGGGAACAGCAACCGAGCUGAUGCCAAACGAAGACUUGACGAAGUUGGCACAGACGGGGUGAGGUCCAACCUCGAGCCAAACGGUCUUCUCGUCAACGGCACCAGACUGCUGGGCGUGGACAAGGCCGCCAAGGAAGUUGACAGCGUCACGGGCGUGGUUGCGAAGGUACGCGGCAUUGACCGGCUCGUUCUCAACCAUCUUGCCAAGCAGAGGCGAGAUGAUGGGAACCUGAGGCCUCUCGAAGCUCACGGAACGAGCGAGAGUCUCAAAGUCGUCCAGGAUGGGAUCGACCUGAGCAGAGUGGAAGGCGAAAGGCACCUUGAGCUGGGUGCACUUGAAACCGGCAGUGCCAAGAUGCGAGGAGAUCUCACUGAUCUUGGCAGCCGCACCGCUGAGAACAGUCUCCCGAGGGCCGUUGAUGCAAGCAACGUUGACAGCCUCAGCCUCGGCGCCGAGGGCCUCCAUGACCGCGUCAACGGGGCCGGUGACAGCGAGCAUAGCAUGGGUGCCAGCAGUGCACUUCUGGACGAGGAGCUGGGCGCGAGCUCCAACUAG